AAGAAGUUGAUUGAUCAAGAAACUGAGUUCCAGGAGAAGAAAGAGCAAGAAAGGGAGAGGAGGGUCACCGCCCUGAGAGACGAGCUGACCAAGCUCAAGUCUUUUGCUCUGAUGGUGGUAGAUGAACAACAGAGGCUUACAGCUCAGCUUGCCCUCCAAAGGCAGAAGAUCCAGGAUCUGACCACAAGUGCAGAGGACACACAUGCUAAACUAGUCCUUGCUCAAGCCAGGGCUCAGGAAGAGGAGCAGAAGGCAGCGAGACUAGAGGAGGAGCUGCACACACGGACCCAGGAGUUUCAGCGGAGCCAGGACGAGAUCAUGGCGAAGCUCACCAAUGAGGACAGUCAAAACUGCCAACUCCGACACAAGCUGGCGGCGCUCAGCCGGCAAAUUGAUGAGCUAGAAGAAACUAACAGGGCUUUAAGAAAAGCCGAAGAGGAGCUGCAAGACAUAAAGGAGAAAAUCAACAAGGAAGAAUAUGGAAGUGCUGGUAUCCUGGCUGAGGUGGACGAGCUCAGGAAACGUGUGCUAGAUAUGGAGGGGAAAGAUGAGGAGCUCAUAAAAAUGGAAGAACAGUGCAGAGAUCUCAACAAGAGGCUUGAAAAAGAAACAGCACAGAGUAAAGACUUCAAACUAGAGGUUGAGAAACUUAAUAACAGGAUCACAGCUCUUGAAAACUUAGAAGAUGCUUUCAACAGAAGCAAGCAAGAAUGCCUCUCUCUGAAGUGCAGUUUAGAGAAAGAAAGAGAGACCACAAGGCAGUUGUCUCAAGAACUGGAGACCGUGAAAGGGAAGAUCAAAGAGCUUGAAGCCACUGAGAGUAGGCUGGAAAAGACAGAAUUCACCCUAAAGGAGGAUUUAACUAAACUGAAAACAUUAACUGUAAUGCUUGUAGAUGAGCGCAAAGCAAUGAGUGAAAAACUAAAGCAAACAGAAGAGAAGUUACAGGCUGCUGCUUCUCAGCUGCAGGUGGAGCAAAGCAAUGUGACCACAGUGACUGAGAAAUUAAUUGAAGAAACUAAAAGAGCACUCAAAUCCAAAACUGAUAUUGAAGAGAAGAUGUUCAGUGUAACAAAGGAGAGAGACGAUCUAAAAAAUAAACUGAAAGCAGAGGAAGAGAAAGGAAAUGAUCUACUGUCAAAAGUGAAUAUACUGAAAAAUAGGCUUCAAUCACUGGAAGCAGUUGAGAAAGAUUUCAUAAAAAACAAAUUAAAUCAAGACUCUACUAAGUCCACCAUAGUGUUACACCACGAGAACAAUAAGAUUAAGGAGCUCUCUCUAGAAGUAGAAAGGCUGAAACUAAAGUUAAAGGACAUGAAAGCCAUUGAGGAUGACCUCAUGAGGACAGAAGACGAGUAUGAGACUCUGGAAAGAAGAUAUGCUAACGAGCGAGACAAAGCUCGGCUUCUGUCUGAGGAGCUGGAACAAGUUAAAAUGGAACUGGCCAAGUACAAGUUAGCAGAAAAGACAGAAUCCAGCCACGAGCAAUGGCUUUUCAAAAGGCUUCAAGAAGAGGAGGCUAAAUCGGGGCAUCUGUCAAGAGAAGUAGAUGUGUUAAAAGAGAAAAUUCAUGAAUACAUGGCAACAGAGGACCUAAUAUGUCACCUCCAGGGGGAUCACUCAGUUCUGCAAAAGAAACUAAGUCAGCAAGAAAACAGGAACAGAGACUUAGGCAGAGAGAUUGAACACCUCACUAAAGAGUUAGAGAGGUAUCGGCAUUUUAGCAAGAGCCUCCGACCUAAUCUCAAUGGAAGAAGGAUUUCUGAUCCUCAAGUAUUUUCUAGAGAAGUCCAAACAGAAGCGGCGGACAACGGCCCACCCGACUACAAGAGCCUCAUUCCUCUGGAGCGAGCAGUCAACGGUCAGUGCCAUGAGGAGAGGGCGGAGCGGGAGGAGCCCAGCGAAGAGGAGCCUGUGCUGUCCUUCAGGUGCGGCCCCUCUACUCUUCCCGGGAACAGGAAGCUGUGGAUUCCUUGGAUGAAAUCCAAGGAGGGCCAUCCACAGAAUGGCAAAAUACAAACUAAAUCCAAUGGCAACUUUGUACAACCUGGAGAUCUAGUCCUAAGCCACACACCUGGCCAGCCCCUUCACAUAAAGGUUACUCCCGAUCAUGUCCAGAACACCGCCACUCUUGAAGUCACAAGUCCCACCGCCGAGGGUGCUCACUCUUACACCAGCACCGCAGUGAUACCAAACUGCGGCACCCCAAAGCAAAGGAUAACCAUUCUCCAAAACGCCUCCAUAACGCCAGUGAAGUCGAAAACGUCUACUGAAAACCUCAUUAAUGUAGAACAAAGCAUGUCCCCAGUUACCAUGGCAACCUUUGCCAGAGCACAAACCCCGGAGUCAUGUGGUUCUAUAACUCCAGAAAGGACAAUGUCACCUAUUCAGGUCUUGGCUGUGACUGGUUCGGCUAGCUCUCCUGAGCAGGGACGCUCCCCAGAGCCGAUCGAAAUCAGUGCCAAGCACGCCGUUUUCAGGGUCUCCCCGGACCGACAGUCGUCGUGGCAGUUUCAGCGUUCAAACAGCAGCAGUUCAAGUGUGAUAACUACUGAGGAUAAUAAAAUCCACAUUCACUUAGGAAGUCCUUAUGUGCCAGCUGUGGCCAGCCCCUUGAGACCCGCCAGCCCUUCAGCACCGCUGCAGGGCACCAGAACUCAAGGCUUAGCUAAUGGGGCACUAAGCAAAACAACCAAUAAAGUCACCAGCAGUAUUACUAUCACACCAGCAGCCACACCUCUUCCUCGACAGUCACAAAUUACAACCAAAGAAGUAUGCAAGCAAAGAAUUUCAACAAGGAUACCUAAACCCAAAUCUACAAGCAUUAAUAGAAUUUCCACCAAUGCAUCCUUAAGACCUAUGGAAAAGUCUUGUCAGCAAAACGGCUACAGAAAACUACACAUAGUAAGGACUGUCACCUCCAACACUUUCCUCCACAUGGGAGGGAAAAGGUAAGUCACAUCCAUGUACCGUCUGGGAAGAUUUAUCUACAGAUAUAUCAAGAGAGCUGCAAAAAUCAAGGUGGAAGGCCAAAGAAUGGCUAUCUCUUCAGGAAACAAUAAGGCAGCAAACUGUCCAUGGCUCAUUCACUGGAUGGAGGAACUAAAGAGCACACGUGACGGGCUGCACACCUACAAUUUUCUUACUCUACAUGUAUACAGGCUCAUAUACACACAGGCUUAGAUCAUACCCCAAACCACCCGAGCUCCUCAUGCUACUUUUAAUCCAACUCAACAAUGACUUUAUUAUCACUGCGGGAUAGGACUGAAUUCACUGCAACAGCUCAAGUUCCCUGUGAAUAAGAAAUAACCUUCCAUUCUACAGAACUGUAUUUAAUACUCAUAUCUACUAAGAAACUAUUAGCAAAAAUUCCUGAUCUUUAGGGCUGUGGCAAUGGGUCACCAGCCAAAGCACUUCCUUGCAAGGCUUGCUGGCCUGGGUUCAAUUCCCCAGCACCUAUGUAAAGCCAGAGAGAAUCCUAAGUUGCAGCCCGGCUAGUCUGAUGUCCAUUUGUAGUGGCAAGACACUGUGUCUCAAAUGCGGAACACAAGACACUUUGAAGCUGUCCUCUGACCUCCAAAGCAUGUGUUGCACCCAUACACACACACACAUUUUUAAAAAAAUCAUUUCUACCAAUAUGGAAGGACAACUAAAGUCAAACUUUGUCUAAAACUAUAAUUUUUUUAGGAUCAAGAUGAUGUAAAAUGUGAUAAUUCUAAGUUAUAAGGAAAAGGAAAUGAGUAAUAGCUAAAUAUAUCCCUUAUAUAGCCUGUCUAUAACCACUGAUGUUGUGUGUAUAGCUGAGCUGGCACUUGACCUCCUUGCCUCCUGAUUUUCCCUCAUGUAAUACCAAGUCCUGGAAUCGCAUUGUUUGACUUGUAAGAAGAACCAUUUUAGAUUAGUACUGCUAUUUUGUACAGCCAUCUGAGCAUAAGAGUCCAAGGUCAAUAACACUGAAAUCUUUUAGGGAAAUAUGAAUCACUGUCCUGAGUGUUCAUAAAAAGACAACAAUUUAUCAAGUCAGGCGUGGUGGUGCA